AAACUAAAGCGGCCGCCGUCGUCCUCUUGUCUAUCUCCUCCAUCUUCCAAACCUAAAAAACAAACAGCCGACUGAGAGAUCUUCUUUCAUUCAUUUUACGAUUCAGCAGGGAGGGAGGGAAGGGAAGGUUCAAUCAGCAAGCAAGCAAGCAAGCAAGCAGUGGUGGUGUAUAAGUAAACUCAAAUCAUAUGAGUAGACUAUCAUUUAGGCCACGCCCACUAGACAUUCACAAGAAGCUUCCUAUUCUUAAAUCUAUCAAAGAUUUUGAAGACGAUGACACUCCGACAUCCACCCGUACACAAUUGCUUCGUCUUGUUGCUGAAGCUGAUAAUGAUACUCAGGUACACCAAGUUGCUAGUAAGAAAACAGUUUCCGAAAUACCUACUCCCGAGUACGUUGUCGUAGAUACAUAUGAAAGAGAUUAUUCUCCCACUUUCAAUCAACCAGCAUCUUAUCUACGUGCAAGAGGAGCACGGGCUGAGAUAGGAGAUUUUGUCGAGUAUGAUCUUGACAACGAGGAUGAAGAUUGGCUUAAAGAGUUUAACAAAGAAAGGAUGCUUCUUUCAGCUGAAAAAUUCGAGACAAUUUUAUUUAAGUUAGAAGUAUUGGAUCAUAAGGCUCGCGAACGAGCUGGAAUUAUAGCGCCAACGCUUGGCUCACCUAUACCUGUACUUUUGACAUUUGAUCCUGCAGUUGAGGCCCUUCAAGCUCUUUCUAUACAAUAUGGAGUUUUCCAGUCAAUUUACGAUUACUGGAAAGAAAAGCGGGAACGAUUGCUAAAACCUAUUUUGCGGCGCUUGCAGCCGCCGCCUCCGGUUAACGACACCAAUCCCUACAAUGUAUUUAGGCCAAGGGAGAAGGCUCACAGACUUCAUACAAGAAGGAUGCAAAGAAGGGAAAACAACGUGCAAUCAUUUGAAAGGCUCCGCCAGGUGAGGCGCAACCUUGAUCAAGCGAAAACCCUACUUGAGGCUCUAAUAAAGAGAGAAGAGAAAAAGAGAGAUGUCAUGGAGAGUGAAGUCAGCCUUCAAAGGAUUCAAAUGAAAUACAAGAAUGAAACAGAGCUUCUAGAAGACAGUUUAGCUCUGCCUGAACUGCCAUCUUUCGGGUCCAAAUUUGUUUCAAGCGAGGAUGAAUUUAUGGAGCCGGAUGAUUUUUCACACAACCAUGUACGGUUUCAGCCUCAUGGUUCAAUGGACUCACGAAUGGUAAUAAUGUCGUCUGGUGGGGUCAUGAAGCGCGAGAUCAGACAUCGUCGACCUGUCCCAUACACUUGGCUUCAUAAAUUGGAUCCACUUGAACCUGUAUUACUGUUCACUAAACCCUUGGUGGCGGAGAAGUUGGCGGCUGCAGGGAUUGUGCCGCCGGUGGAUUCUUCAGCACCGUCAUCACGUGGUAAUAACAUUCGUGGAAGGUUUGGUAGAGGGGGAAGAAUAAUAUUUGAUAGAUGGAACCCGCUUAUGCAUACACCAAUCGAUUGUGGCGAUUCACUAUCGUAUAUGCCUCCCUCCUAAACCGUGAUUUUCGACACAUUAUUGAUUGUUUAGGCAGGCGUGUAACAUGUCAUGAUGUAUUAUCCUAUAUGUACUUUGUGUAUUGUACAUACAAGGAAAAGAAAAUACUCUCUCCCUUUAGGCUUCUAAUGAUGAUUUUUGUCGAUUUGAAUA